GCUCUCUUCUGAAAUCAUUAGUGGUUGAGAUUUUGGGACCUUUGAUUUUAUGGUUUGCUGUAUCCCCCUAUCCCUUCAAGGCCCCAUCUAAGCCUCAGAUUUUGUCAUCACUUCACAUUACAAACCAUCAUAUAUCAUCACCAUCAUGUUCUAGUUCCACCAUCAUCAUCCCUCUCCCAAAGUGUAUUAACCUUCAGAUUCCUUUUUUUUGUUUUUGUUUUGUCUCCACUUUCAGGUCUACAACUCAUCCUUUUAAAAACUUGUCAAAACUCUUAAUAUCAUUCUUUGAGAGACUAACAUGGACUUUACCCCAAACAGCACCAUCCAAACCUUAGACACAGAUUCUCAAACCCCACCACCGACCAAAUCCUCCAACACUGGUUCCAAGUCUUCAUCUUUCACCAACGGUUCCCUCAAGCGCCACCACCACCCCACCACCACCGCUCCACCACCGCCAAAGCCACCGUCCACGGUGGUUUUUUACAAAGAGUGCCUCAAGAACCAUGCAGCCAGCUUAGGUGGCCACGCACUUGAUGGCUGUGGCGAGUUCAUGCCCUCCUCUUCAUCCAACCCCACUGAACCCCGCUCACUCACGUGCGCCGCAUGUGGCUGCCACCGCAACUUCCACCGCCGUGACACACAAGAAUACUCCAACAACCACCCCAACUUCAUCAGCUUCUACCACUCAACACCACCACCCUCAGCGGCGGCGCCACCACUUCUACCACCACUAUCUUACCGUGGACUAAGCCUGAGCACCAGCCCAAGCCUGAGCCCAAGCCCGAGCCCCAUGUCAAGCCCAUCACCACCACCACUCUCUCAUCAUUUCCCACCUUCCUAUCACCACCACCACCACCACACAUCAGCACUCUUAUCCCUUGGAAAUGCAUAUUAUUCUGAUGAGCAUCAUCAUCAUCAUCAGCAUCAUCAUAGGAGCCUCAACUCUUCAGUGGCUGCUAAGGCAGAGAACCAAAGUGGGAAGAAGAGGCAUAGGACCAAGUUCAGCCAAGAACAGAAGGAGAAGAUGCAUAAAUUCUCUGACAAGUUGGGUUGGAGAAUCCUCAAAGGGGAUGAAGUGUUGGUCCAGGAGUUUUGCAAUGACAUUGGUGUUUCCAGAGGGGUAUUCAAGGUUUGGAUGCACAACAAUAAGAACUCUUUCAAGAAAAGGUUAUCAGAAAUGGACAAUGCUAUGCCAACAAAUGCUCCACCUGAUGAUGAAAAGAUCAAUGGGGAUCUGAAUGGCAAUGUUGUUGGUGAAAUAAAUGGCUUUCAUAGUGAUAUUAACAAUCCUUACAACAAAACAAACAGUGGCAACAAUGACAUUCACUUAAAUUAAGGACACUAGCUUUGUCAAUCUUGGAGUGCAAUCUGUUAUGCCAUAUGCGGUUGUCCUUAUUCAUUUAUGGAGCACUCCUACUAUAAAGACUUAUCAUGGUAGAGGUAAUGCUUUUUGAUGGGUUUGUUGAACAUUGCAUAGGGAAAACCUCUAACAUUUAAUCUUCCUGUUCUUAUUAAUUUCUUUUAUAAAACCACAAUUGGUUUUGAAAGUCUGAGAGAGAUAAGUGGUCCUAGGCUUGUUUUCUUUGAGGGAUGGAAAAAAUGGAAAACUUCAAAAUUUAGACACAUUAAUUACAAGGAAAAGGCCAUUAAGAGUAGGGAUAAUUUAGUAUUUCCUUGCUCUUUGGUGUUCUAUUCCUCUUAGACUUUUGGUUCUUGAUUGUCUUCCAAGCAAUUUUGGUAUAAAAAGGAACAAGGAAUAUCUGUUUUGGAACUAGAAGAUGGCAUUGACAAUGACACUUAAUGUAUUCUUGUGUUUAUCUGUGAUUAUUUAACAUUAUUUAAUUGACAUAAUCAUUUGUGUGUCUGUGCUUACAAGGCAAGCAGCAUGCUUUGGCUGAUUAAUUAACAUAAUCUUUUUGUCUGUAUGUGAUUUAGUGGAGGCAGUGCCUAGGACUACUAAUCUGUCACCUUUCCAUAUUGGGGUUGGUUCAAUGAAACGGCAAGUUUUGUUGUUUUAUUUUAUAAAAUGCUAAUGAUAGCCCCUGUAAGUAAGAUAGUCAAUAAAGCCACGUAACUGUUGUCAUUAAUUAAUAAUUGAUGAAUUAACUAAUGAGUUUGAUCCACUUAAAAAAAUGUAUAUAAUUGUGCUUUCUAUGUUGCCACGUCGUUUCUCCUUUCAUAAGUUUUUUCUAAUUAAUUUUUUUCAAUUGGGAUGGAACUCUGUUCGCUUUUCAAGAUUGAUAUG